AUGCGCCCAACACUAUUCCUCCCCUUCUUCCUAUCCCUCGCCUUUGGUGCUGCCAAUACUCUAAACAUCACCGUCAUCAACGCCCAAAACAACAGCUCCACCCUUGAAUGCUGGGCCCUCGAGCCGGGAUUCCAGACUUCCUCGCAAGCUGGCACGACUGGUACUCAAGCGUUGAAUCUAGGUCCUGCCGGAGGCGCGGGUACUAAUGCGACGUAUACUGUCCUUCCGGCGGGUUUUGAUGGGGGGAGACAUAAUGCUCCUGCGAAGCAAUGGGUAAUAUUCAUCUCCGGGCUGGCACACAUAACCCUCCCCAACUCUACAACCGAAGCCUGGAUUGCUGGCGGUAAAUACGGGGCUAUCCUAGCUCUGGAUACGGUGGAUGUCAGUGGACUGGGUCAUAUUACUAGAUAUCCCUCGGCGGAGGAAACGGUUGCUAUACAGGUUCCGCUUGGUGAGGGGGGUGUACUUCCUGAUCAUGAGGUUUUGUAUGAGGGGGGUUGUGUCGGGGAAGAGGUUUCUGGGUGA